CAAAGGAACUCUGUGUCUCCCGUCGGUGAGCCGUGACAAGGUACUUUCAGGAAAAAGCUCACUGUGUCUUUAAAUUCAACUUGAGCGCUCUUUCAGUCUCAUGGUCAACACAGUCCUAAGGGCUACUAUUCUUUCUCACUACGUUCUCUCUCAACGGACUUAUUUGAUCACAAUCUGAGAAGUUCUUUUUCGGAGACACCCCUAAACUCGAAAGGGACACGGUAGCAUAUUGGUAAACUGUCGCACUGUAAAACUCUCACAAAUCAAAAACAAAAGUUCCCCACAAGUCUAGAGACGGCUUCCGCACUGGGCACCAUACUCCUGGAUUGGAGAGGGGGCAGGCGGACGAAAUUCAACUGUGAUUUGAAGCGGACAGCAGCAUCCUGACUGGCAUAGCCUACUGGAAGAAGCUCGCCAUAGGUAGAACGUCGCCUGAAAGGAUUUAAAACUUAGUCCCCCUCCCUCCCGGGCGUUGUGACUACCACGGGACAACCACUGAUCGGUUGCCAGUCUCAGUCGUCAACACUCGGUUAAAGCGACGGGAUCACCGCCUCCCGCUCGUUUGGAUUUCCAACUUCGGUACUGCCGCAAGUUACUGAUUUCUCAACAGAACUUUGUUUAAACCUUUUUCCGUCUUUUCGGAAGAGUUUGUCCUCACCUGCAAUAAGCAGUGUUUGAUUCUUCCUUCCUCGCGUUUUAUUAUCCUGGGAUUACCCUUGGAAUUGUGCAGCUGCUCUACCGCUCAUAAAAGUGUUACCGCAGGUUAUGUAUUACGUGACAGAUAGGUUGUAACUCAAUGCGCGUUUAAUUGGUGUAAAUGACGAUCUCGUAAAUUUCAGAGUAAGUGGACAAUCUUCUGUUCAUAGUUUUAGUGUUCAAACCUCGGUCUUUAUUUUGGAUUUUCAUCAUGGAUAAGUACGAUGAUUUGGGACUUGAAGCAAGCAAGUUUAUUGAGGACCUCAACAUGUAUGAGGCGUCUAAGGACGGUUUGUUCCGAAUGAAGAGAGAUUCCAGCAACAACCCGGACUUCGAAGAAACCAGAAAAGUGUUUGCCAAUAAAAUGACUAAAAUACACAUGCAGAAGCAACAGGAGGAAAUGGCCCGCACUAGUUUGACAGCGCGAAUGAACGGGGGACACGUUAGAUCGCCAGACAGCACGUUUUAUAACAAAGAUCGGCCGCCCAUCAACAGUUACCGACAGGCAGGCGAGACGGCAGCCAAGCCUCCCAUUCUGUCCGGUCCCGUGGCGGCGGCUUCGGUUGUUGGAAGUCCGUAUGAUUCCUAUGAAGCACAGAAGCACCACUCGGUCCCUCAGCACGAUGUGGCCAGCAGCAGAGCAUAUGGCCACGGAAAUAAUUACGAUAACAAGGAGCCACAUUCUUACCCAUACCAUACCCCAGCUGCUGUCAACCAGGGUCUGGCUUCCGCCCCCACGCACCCUGGCCAACCCCCCAGCCCGUUGGGAUCUUGGGUUCCCCCUCGGGGGUCUCACAGUCCCGGGGCGACCCCUGUGUUCCCCCAACCCCAGCCGCCUCAACGACAGGCCUCAUCCCCCACUUUCCCCAACAGUCUCCCCUCUCCAGGCUCACCCGCGGUCGGCUUGAACCGAUCCGGGACGCCCCCGGGCCACCAGGCUUCGCCCUCCUUCUUCCCUCAGGCCAACCAGGACUGGGCUAGAGGUCGGCCUGUGGACACCGCUGGGUCAGGGAGGCCAGACGUGCUCCAGCACUCCCCCACUGGGUCUCUCCGAGGAGCAGCGGAGGCUUACGUUCAGCCCUCUCAAGAUGCUCUUGCCUCGCACACCCAGCCUGGCACUGCCCAGCGGCCAGUCCAGGGAGACCCCCGACCCAAUGGGCUCUCCCGCUCGCUCCCCGGGACCCCCCCUCCGGCCCCAGCAGCACCCGACCUGUCUGCAGCUGUGCCCGAGUUGGUCCAGCCCAAACCUCCCGGCGUCACCGCAGGCUCUCCAGGCUUUGCCCACGGCAGCGCUGAGCAGGGAGCCAAGCUGGGGUUCCAGCCCCCGGGAGCGGCGGACCAGGUGUACGCCGGCGAGGCUGCCCAGCCUGAGGCCCCCUGCCCCCCCAGAGGAACAGAAGCGGUGCCCCUGCCCUGCCAGGCUCUCCAUAAACAGCCAGAGCAGAGGCCCUCUGCGGCUGAAAUAAAAUUAGAAGCGCUCACCGAACGCCUGGAAAAGGAGAUGGACGCCCAGCACAAAGUCGACUACUUCGGUAGCUGUGUGAAAUGCAGUAAAGCUGUGUAUGGGGCGACCCAAGCGUGCCAGGCGAUGGGGAGCCUCUACCACGACAGCUGCUUCACCUGCAGUGCCUGCAGUCGCAGGCUGAGGGGGAAAGCCUUCUACUUCGUCUGUGGGAAAGUGUUCUGUGAAGAGGACUUCCUGUACUCUGGCUUCCAGCAGUCUGCAGACAAGUGUAACGCCUGCGGGCAUCUCAUUAUGGAUAUGAUCCUGCAGGCCCUGGGCAAAUCCUACCACCCAGGCUGCUUCCGCUGCGUCAUCUGCAACGAGAGUCUGGAUGGAGUCCCCUUCACCGUGGACACGGAGAACAAGAUCUACUGCGUCAAAGACUACCACAGGGUCCUGGCUCCAAAGUGUGCUGCCUGCAGCCAGCCCAUACUGCCCUCUGAGGGAUCGGACGAGACCAUCCGUGUGGUUUCCAUGGACAAGGACUAUCACGUGGAGUGCUACCACUGUGAGGACUGUCAGAUGGAGCUGAACGACGAGGAGGGCCACCGCUGCUACCCGCUGGACGGGCAUCUCCUGUGCCACUCGUGCCACCUCAAACACAUCGAGCCCAGCGGCGCCUCUCCCGUCCCCGCCAGCUUCCAGCAUCAGUUCUAGAGAUGUGGCGCCCUCUGGUGGAGGCCAGAGACACUGCACACACCAAAGUCACGUGCCCAAAUGCCUUACCAGCCUCCUGCCAUUGACAACAGAUCCAACACAGAGACUGCCUUGCACAGAUCGUGUGCACCUUUCUGAUAAAAAUCUUACAUGACUGUAUUGCAUUGCUUUCAGUUGUGGGUUUUUUUCCUUACUAAAAUGUGUAUUUCUAAUCCAGGAAAAAAAAUGCAUUUUCAUUUUCAAUUCAACUCAAUUUUAUUUAUAUAUUACCAAUAACAAUUGAAAUGGUCUCACAGCAUUUUACAGAGCCCAGUGCUCGAACCCCCUAGAGCAAGCGCUAAGGUGAUGGUAAGGAAAAACUCCCUUUUGACAAGAAGAAACCUUGAGCAGAACCCAGCUCGUAAAGAGGAACCCAUUUGCUUGGGGCUGGCCAGGUAGAGAGAUUUGGGGGGGUAGAAGAUGGUAUAUGCAUGAUGCAUACAAGAUAGUGUAUAAAAAUGGGGAGGGCUAGCAUUCAAAGUAAUGGUUGAAGAACAGCUUAGUGGGUAUACAAUGUGUUCAUAAUGCCAGCAUGCAAAUAUAGGGUCAUAAUGUAAUCACAAGGUUCCUAUUAAUAGAAUGAGCAGAAGGUUGUGAUCAGAUGAGUAGAGAAGUGGGUAGUUUGGCGGGCAUGCCUGGCUAGAAUGCAUGUGUGAUGCGUUGUUGGCCAUGUGUAAUAGAAGGCAGGAAGUGGCAGGAUGGGCAGCAGGAAGCAGGAAGCAGGGGACAGCAACACCUCGCAGAAGAGAGUGUGAGGGGAAGUGACAUCAUAACAGAAUGGAAUUAGGUAUUUUAAUACAUUGUUUUAUACACGUACGUAUAUGUAAAUACAAUUAUAAUGGUGGAGAACAGUGGUCACAGCAAUGGCCUUACUAAAGGGAGAGAGAAAAAUAUACAAGUUAGUACACAUUAAAAAUGACAUUACAGAGAGAGAAAAGACAAGUUAGUACACAUUACAAAUGACAUUACAGAGAGAAAGAUAUACAAGUUAGUACACAUUACAAAUUACAUUACAGAGAGAGAGAAGAGACAAGUUAGUACACAUUAAAAAUGACAUUACAGAGCGAGAGAAGAGACACAAGUUAGUACACAUUAAAAGUGAGGGAACAGCAAAGGCAGGUCUUUCCACCAAAGGCUCUGCAGUGAAAGGCAACAGCACAGGCAGGUCUUUCCACCAGAGGCUCUGCAGUAAAAGGCAACAGCACAGGCAGGUCUUUCCACCAGAGGCUCUGCAGUGAAAGGCAACAGCACAGGCAGGUCUUUCCACCAGAGGCUCUGCAGUGAAAGGCAACAGCACAGGCAGGUCUUUCCACCAGAGGCUCUGCGAUGUGUGCUGGACCUCCGCACACCAUUCCUAACUAUGGGGGGUAAUGAAGAGGAAAGUCUACAAACGUAAGAGUUGAGAGGGUGUCCCCUUCUCAGAUAAAGCAAGGGAGACAUUUCAGGAGACUAUAUACAUUUCCAGACCUGUUUUAUGUUCCCAGUAUUGAAUUAUAAUCCUUGAUUGCUUUCAGUGUGUAAAUACUUUCAGAGUGACAGUUCACAUUUGUAACAAUCUCAAAAUCAAUUCAAGAACAUAGGAUGACUGGGUUUUUGUGUAUGUGUGUGUGUGUGUGUGUGUGUGUGUGUGUGUGUGUGUGUGUGUGUGUGUGUGUGUGUGUGUAAGAGAGCGAGAGAGAGAAAGGAACAGAUGCCAGAAAGGUAGCAUCAUAGUUGAGUUGCUUCAGUGUUUAUCAGGAUUUCAGUGUAAUUGAAAGUUGUUAUUUAUCCUUAUACAAAGUUAGAACUGAAUAUGAAGAAAAUACCCAUUCAUAAUCACACAUGAUGAGCUGCCAAGAUGUUUUUGUUUGUUUGUUUGUUUGUUUUUGCUUUAUUUGUCUUUGUCAUCACUAGAACAGAAUCUGUAUUUAGGGACAUUAUUUCUCAUUUAAUUGCCCAGAAGUGCUUUUUAUUGCAUAUGAUCGCACCCAUCUGGACUGUCAGGACAUUUCACUGCAAUAAGCUUCGAACCUAGAGAAUGACUGAAUGCAAUGGUAGACCAGUACAAAGUGUGAAGGCCUCAGCAGCGAUACAUUUCACAGGGUUAUGAAACCAAACGGUGAAUUUCACUUGUAUGCUCUUUUAAGGUGUAUGCUUUUGGUGUAUGCAAACGACCGAGUGUUUUACAAGACAAAACCUUCCUUGUUUUGAAUAAUAAAUGAACUCAAUGAUGUA